GGCGCGCGGCUGGGAGCGUUUCCGGCCGGCUCGAGGCGGGGCGCGGCUGAGAACCGCGCUCGAGGCCCCAGUGGCCACAGGUGUGUGCGGCAGCCCGCGAAGUCCGCUCAGUGUUGAGGAGCAGGCAGGUCACAUUACGAAUGGGAACCGGAAGAUGGUAUAGAUUGGAAAACAGUGACAUGGUGGCAGCCUGGGGUUGGCCCCACAGCAGGCUCACCUUUACCAUCUUGUGUGGUUGUGUCUUUGCUGGGCUGAGGUGAUCGCGAGGAUCAGCGCCACCUCACAGGAGCUCACGUGAAGAAAGGAGCUGAUCACCCAUGAACUUGCAUGGGCAGAGUCCCUGGCCUGCUUCCGUGGUCCACCAUGACUCCAGCAGUCUUCACACGACCGGGAACUGGACCGACAGGGCCACCUGGGCACUCUGGCCUCGGCCUGGACUCCUCCCUGACCUCCUGGGGCCACCUCAGCUUCUGCCUGAGGCCCUGUCCACAGCUGCAGAGGGGUCGAGAUGGCCGGUGGUACCACUGCUGCCCUCCUGCACUUCCCCUCUGAGGGAGGGGCCCUGAUCCCUGGCUGGCAGGUGUCAUGCAGGCAACAAGAGGGGAACCUGGAAAGCCAGCCUUGCAAGCAGGGACAGGAGAGCGUGGACACAGAACGGAGAAUAUCAAUUCCUGAUUCUUCUAAGAAUUCCCAUCAUCCUUGUAGAAGCUGACCUUCCGAAUGAGGCGCGCCAGGCUGAUGGGGGCACUGCUUGCCCUGGCCGGGCUGCUGCAUGUGGCCCUGUCCCUGAAAAUCGCAGCCUUCAACAUCAGGACUUUUGGGGAGACGAAGAUGUCCAAUACCACGCUCUCCCACUACAUCGUGCAGAUCCUGAGUCGCUACGACAUCGCCGUUGUCCAGGAGGUCAGAGACAGCCACCUGACGGCCGUGGGGAGGCUGCUGGACAUACUCAAUCAGGAUGACCCCGACACCUAUCAUUAUGUGGUCAGCGAGCCGCUGGGCCGAAACAGCUACAAGGAACGCUACCUCUUCUUAUUCAGACCCGACCAGGUGUCCGUGCGGGACAGCUACCAGUAUGACGACGGCUGCGAGCCCUGUGGGAACGACACCUUCAAUCGUGAGCCCGCCAUCGUCUGGUUCCACUCCCCGCUCACUGCGGUCCAAGAGUUCGCCAUCGUUCCCCUGCACGCAGCGCCCCUGGAUGCGGUGGCGGAGAUGGAUGCGCUUUAUGACGUCUACCUCGAUGUCCGGCAGAAGUGGGACCUGGAGGACAUCAUGCUCAUGGGCGACUUCAACGCAGGCUGCAGCUAUGUGACCCCCUCCCAGUGGGCCUCCAUCCGCCUGCGCACGAGCCCAGCUUUCCAGUGGCUGAUUCCUGACACUGCAGACACCACGUCCACAGCCACGCACUGUGCCUAUGACAGGAUCGUGGUGGCAGGAACACUGCUCCAGCAUGCCAUCGUCCCGGACUCGGCCACCCCCUUUGACUUCCAGGCUGCCUACGGCCUGAGCAGCCAGCUGACCCAGGCCAUCAGCGACCAUUACCCGGUGGAGGUGAUGCUGCAGAGGGCCUGAUGUAAGUGGGGCCCUGACCGGCGACCUCCCUUCUACAGCUUACCUGUGCUCACAGUCAGGCGCUGGGGGGAGGGUUUCCCAAGUGUGGGGGCUGUGGCAGCAGCGCUCUCCCUACCUUCUCAGUCCAGGCACAAGUUUAGAUUAACAUCUGCUUUUAAUAAAGCUUGAAGGGGGUGUUGUCACUGGACGCACCUAGUCCUUUCUCCCUG